UUCUAAUUUGUGUGAUGUUUUUAGAGGAUUAGAGAUUUUAGGAUUUUCAGAAUGAGGAGAUUGAAUUUUCAAAAUGAGGAGAAUGAAUAUGGAGGGAAAUUUAUACAGAGUGUGUGUCCACGUCAUCAAAAUAUUUAGUUCGGCCCAGUUUAAUUAUGGCGGGAAAAUUAGAAAGUGGCAGUAAAAUCACACCAUCUUUGCUCUACAGUAACAGUGUUAACCGUCUGAUUCGCCGACGACCACCAACCAUGGCGGUCAAUUCAUCAGAAAUAACCGAUCUCUUCUCCAAGCUCGCAUUUCACCUCCAAACCCUAACCCUAUCGCAUACUCCGUCGCCAGAAGAUUCAAAUUCGAACAGUGACAGUGUUAAUCUCUCGAUUUCGAAGCUAAAUCGAUCUUUCAAUCUCACUGGUGACGAUAAUCGAGCCACGGUUUUAGAUACGGCUCUCUCUCUCAUGUGCUUCAAAGCGCCACAGGUUUUUGAUUGUAUGAUUGAGCAUCUAGUGAAGACAAUUGUUAGCGUGUUGUGUUCUUCGAUAAGGUGUAACGUCUUGCGGUUAGAGAACGAAGAGAUUCUGCAGAUUGGUAGUUUAAUUUCAAUGCCGAAUUGUGUAGAAUUUAUUGAAAUUGUCAAUGACGUGGUUUCCAAAUUAGAAGAACAAGGGAUGCCUUCUCAUUUGCUUGCAAGUGCUGUUGCUAGAGUUGCGGUUUCAGCUUCGUGUUGUAGAUAUUUGGUUCCAUCGAUCCAUUUAAUGGAUAGUGACUCAAUUCAUAGAAAAUGCUCAGCUAUUUCGAAACUUCUCGUAUACUUGCCUAAAGAAUCUUCUCUUGAAAACCAUGAAAUACCAUUGAGGUUGCUAUCGUGGUAUCUUGACCCACUCCCCUUAAAGCAUGAUAUUUCAUAUAUAUUGCAAAACACCAUAGAAAGACCUUUUCUUUCUUUGAGCAAGGAGUUUUAUGACAGGACGGAGUGGCAAUCCAUCCUUAUAUGCUUGGUGCUUUCUCCAACUAUGUUUAUUCAUGCGAAAGCUAUGUUGCACAGUUGGUUUAUGUUGACGGGUCUGGGUUCAGUACUAGUGCUCCUAACUGAAUUAGUUUCCGUGAUACUAGAUGUAAUAUCUAGACCAACAUGGUGGGGCAUAUCUAUGGAGUUGGGACCGAGACUGCCAUUUUCUAAUGCAUACUUCCCCUACAAAAAUGAUUUGCUAAGGACAUUGGUUGGGCCGCUCUCAUCUUUAAGUUUUCUACAGUUGGUGGAUCGGACAUGCAAGCCAGAUUCCCUUCUCAGGAAACAGUUUGGUCUGACAUGUGAGCCAUCAUCAGUGAAGACUACAUCAAUAGAUCCCAAAUCUGUCUGGGCGCUGGCAAUCUGCUUUCCAGAUUGGUUCUAUUUUGCUUCGGUUUUACUCUUCUCCAACAAUUUUUUUCAAAAGAAUUUUCAAUCGGAAAGGAUAAUAGGAGCACCUAAAUUUACGCAAACAAAUGAUAAGGAACAUAUUCCUGCUGCCGCUGCAAGGUACAUUGCUUGGAUUCUGAGACCAAAUAAUCAAUCUCAACAGGAUCUUCUGUUUAAUAAUUUGAUUAAAAUGUCAGAAUUUUGGACUCUCAGACAAUUUGACUCAGUUAAGUCUGAAAGGGUUACAGCUGGCAACAAGAAGAAACGUAAGAAUUCCAAGAAUUGUGACUAUGAAGAGGAUGUCUUUAUUGGAAAUGAGUAUAACUGCCAAGUCAUUGGCCUCUGGCUUAAAGAAUUCCAAAGUCUAAUUAAGUAUGGUAAUAAAUCAGUAAACAACACAAACUCUUUCGAGGCAAAUUCAUCUUUUAUGGCUUGGCGGAACAAUCUGCUUUUGAGGAGAGUUCCAUUGGGCUUGUUGAUCGGUUGGCCUAGUUAUGCUAAAGAAGAUGGCUUUGAGCUUUUGUUGCAUCAUGCUGCAACUGGCAGGAUGCUUCAUUCAGCAUCUAAGAAUGCUAGAAUGGACCAUAUAGGAAAAGUAACUGGGAGGCUAGAAGAUUUAGUAACAGGAAUUUAUGAAUGUAGUAAAAAGGAAGCUGUUGCAGGGGCCUGUAUUGUUUUUUGUUUAACUGAUAUUGCUGAGAGGUUGUCUUCAGUAUAUGAGAAUGAAAAAAGUGGGCUGGUCAUAAUUUUUCAGGUGAAAUUGUGGGCGAGCAGGUACUUGAUAAAGUGCCUCAAGAGGCUAAUUGAGCUUAAUAUUGAUGAAGAUGGAGAUGUCACGUUGAUGGAUCUCCAUGAUAAACUGAUGCGAUGGAGGCAUCAAGGGCAAGAAAUGUCUAAAAUUGACAAAAAUGUUGAUGAUGCCAUUAUGGACUUAAGUCUCAAAUUAUUACCUGUAAGUGGGGUUUUGUGAAGGCCAUAUGUUUCGUUCUAUGCAGGUUACUGGAGUGUUUUCCUCUCAGGUUCUGUCCGUCAUACUAGCUUGCAGUUAAUCUGUCCAUUUGAAAGCUAAUUCAUCUGUUAGUCCAUUGAGGACUUCGCCAUUGUGGUUUUGUUGCCACUAUAUUUCAUAUGCUUCAUAGCAACACAGACCAGUUCUGUCUCUGAUCUCCCAGUGUUCUUUCUUCCUACUGGAGAAUGGUAGUUCAUCUAUGGGGCUGCUUCCUCCUUUCUUAGCCCAAGUGUUAAAGUUGCUCCUAGGCUACCUGUAGGUCGAUGCACUCCAUAUGUGUUCGUCCUUUCUCUAUUCCACUAGCCUUGGAGCAGCCUUUUCACCCUAGGCUUUUGGGUUUGUUGCAGACUCAUUUCCUUGCAGAACUGGCUUAGUUAUUGACAUUGAUAAUCAGACUCUCUUAACGAUUAUAAUCAGAUAACUAAGGAAACAUGUAGAUUAAAGCUUUGGGAGCCAGAAGACUUUGCUGCAGGAAGCAACAGAUAUGAUUAAGAAGAGUCUGCAGAUAUCUGUCUUAUCUGCAGUUUAAUCGAGAGAACAUUUACUCUGUUCUUAGAAAAUGAGCAGAGUUAGCAGGGUAAAGAAAUUUAGAACUCGACCAAGAUCUAGACAAUCCCAUUGAGCACUUGAUUUACAAUUUUUUAGUUUUAUGAGAGACUUGGUGGGCACGGGCAUCAUAAUGACAUACCAAUAUUUUUGAACUUGUUUCUUGGAUCAGUCAUCAUUUGUAUAUAUUUCAACACAGGCCAAACUGCACUGAAGUUGGACUGAGAGUCUCUUUGUACUUCCUGGACAUGGGUCCCCUCCAAAAUUUUCGGGAGCCACAAGUACAUCGCAUGAUGGUUUUCCAAGAUAGUCCUGCAAGAGGAUCACAUCGAGAAAAGGCAUUUAAUGAAAGUGAAACUCAAAAUGACUCUAAACUCGGAAGAGAAGAUUAUUGGAUCAGAAUAUGGCAAAAAUUUCAUGAUUGGUUGGUUGAUACACAUACCCUUGUGAAAGGAUCCCAUGACUUUAGUGCGUGGCACUUCCCUUGUUGAUAUGAACCGCAUCUUCCUUGAGGACAUCCAUAUAGCUGGCUAAGACAACCUUAGAAAAUUUCUUCCCCGGAGGACACCACAGAUGGGCUUUGGGUUUGACUGGUAUGUUCUCCGUCCAGCUUUUCAUUUCUGGCUAGUCAUAAUCUAUAUCAGCACAAACACUUCCUACAACUCUCUUUAGCUAAGAAAUUCCAUUAGGAUCACCACCCAUUUCUUCAAAUACAACUAAUGUAUUUCCUGACGGCUUCAGCCAUGAGCGUGGGAUAUGAUACCUGGGAUCAAUCUCAUUCUCAAGAUUUUCCAAUGUUGCUCUGAUAAACUAAAGAAAAGCUGGCCAAUGUCGUCCUACACUACGGCCAUUUACGAAUAUCUGACCCUUUCUCAUGGUGUACAUAUCUAAACCUAACGGAUCGUUUCCUGGUGGCGCCUCAAAGUUAGUCUUUCACUAUUGUUAGUUAAAUUCCUAGUGCCAAUUGUGCUCCGCUAUAGAGUUUCAAAUCUUCACCUUUCAGACCAAUCUGCUUAGUUGCACCAAGUUAGCAUUUUUUCAAUAGAUAAAAUUGAGGAUUAAUUUUGGUAGAGAAAGAAAACUGGCAAUGGCAAACAUUGUAAGACCAUUUCCAUUUUGUCAUAUCUAUUGUUCCUUGAUUUCAGACCUUGCAAUGUGACUGGUCCUAUAUUCUCUAACGACCCAUAUACAGUUUCUGUUAUUAGAGUUAGCUGAUGUGUUAGUAGAAGAUGAAUGUAGCAAUUUUACCAAUUAUUUUA